CUCUUUACAGAGGGCUCUGGCUGAACUUGCCAGGCCUUCCCUGCCUCUACAGGAACAACGAAGGGCCACACACCUUCCAAAAUAAAAGAAUCAGGAAGUUCGUUACAAUAACAACAAUACAUUAGGAUCUGUGGGAAAACCAUCCAUGAAAUCCAGAUCAUCAGAUCAUCAGGUCUGACAGGCCGCUGGCGGCGCUGUGUUCAGCUGUAGUUUGUACAAAGCAGCAGAAGAAGCCGACCACGUGAGUCUUCCUCGUGCGAAUUUGUUGUUAGCAGACCAGACGUUCGGCUCAGGAAAUAAUCGAAUUGAAAUGACGAAGGUGAAGAAGGAGAAGGUGGACCCCGAGGAGCCCGCCGGUGUUCCCGAGCGCUCCUACCACGAGCUGAUCGCCAACCUGAACCCGAUCGCGCAGCCGCUGGCCUCCAAGAAGCUCAGCAAGAAGAUCUACAAGUGCGUGAAGAAAGCCGCCAGAGUGAAGAACAUCCGCAGAGGAGUGAAGGAGGUGCAGAAGUUCAUCAACAAGGGAGAGAAAGGGAUCGUUGUUUUAGCUGGCGACACUCUGCCCAUCGAGGUCUACUGCCACCUACCGGUCAUGUGUGAGGACAGGAGCCUGCCGUACGCCUACAUCCCCUCCAAAGUGGACCUGGGCUCAGCAGCCGGCUCUAAGCGACCGACCUGCGUGAUCCUCAUCAAGCCCCACCAGGACUACCAGGAGGCCUAUGAUGAGUGUCUGAGCGAAGUGUCGGAGCUGCCCAAACCGCUGUGAAGCGCCGCCGAUGACGGGACGCUCCGCCGAUCGCGGGACGCUUCGCCCUCACCAGUUUCAGCUGCUGAGCGAAACGUCUUCAGAUGAAGCCGCGUUUCCUUCAACGAACUCAUGAAAUCUGAUUUGAUUUCUGCUGAUCUGGACUUACAGAGUUUUUCAGUUUUUAAUUUUAUUAAAUAAACAUGAUGGACCAAGAA